AUGGCUCCCUCCAAGCUGAUCGCUGCUGUGCUUUGUCUGUCCGGACUCGCGCUUGGUGUACCGACAUCAAGCAACAACCUUGAAAAGCGGGCGAGCGUUAACGAUGCCGCUACUGGCUAUGCUAGCCAGAAUGGAGGCACCACUGGCGGCGCUGGCGGUACCACCACCACUGUUUCUUCCUACGCUGCUUUCACUCAAGCCGUAUCUGGGGACGCCAAAAAGGUUGUCGUUGUCAGUGGGAAGAUUACCAAGGCCGCGGAUCAGGCUCGUGUAGGCAGCAACACUAGCAUUAUCGGCAAGGACUCGAAUGCCAUCUUGUCCGGGUUCGGAGUGCUGGUCAAGGAAGCUUCCAACGUGAUUAUUCGUAAUCUGGGAGUCCAGAAGGUCCUUGCCGACAAUGGGGAUGCUAUUGGCGUCCAGUACUCGAACAAUGUUUGGGUUGACCAUUGCGAUGUCUCAUCCGACAUGGACCACGACAAAGACUAUUAUGAUGGUCUGAUUGAUCUUACCCACGCAGCGGACUAUGUCACCGUUUCCAACACAUUCAUCCAUGACCACUACAAGGCAUCGUUGAUCGGCCACUCCGACAGCAAUGGCGAUGAGGAUACCGGGCAUCUACGUGUCACCCAGAACAACAACUACUGGUACAACAUCAACUCCCGCGCGCCUUCUUUCCGCUUUGGUACCGGCCAUAUCUAUAACAGUUACUUCCUGGAUGUGAGUGACGGAAUAAACACUCGUCAGGGUGCCCAGCUGCUUGUCGAGUCAAACGCCUUCUCGGGAAGCAAGAAGCCCUUGUAUUCGACUGAUGGUGGUUACGCGGUGGCAAAUGAUAAUGACUUUGGUACUGGCGCGAACACUGCGACGGCGGGAACACUCAAAUCCGUGCCAUACAGCUACAGUCUCCUUGGGUCAAGCAAGGUCAAGAGCGCAGUUGUUGGAACUGCUGGACAGACUUUGUCCUUUUAA